AUGUGUGAGCAAGAGCCGUGGUGGAGGGUGGACUUGGGCAGUCAUCAGUCUGUCUCCGCCGUGAUCAUGAAGAACAGGGAGGACUGCUGUGGGCAGAGACUUGAGAAGGCCAAGAUCCACGUGGGUGACUCUCUGGACGACCAUGGCAAGCAGAACCCCAUCUGCGGGACCAUCACCAACACUACACUGGGAUCCAUCAGCACUGUCCCCUGCAACGGGCUGGAGGGCCGCUACGUCACCAUUGUCAUCCCAGACAGAAGGGGGAUUCUCACCCUGUGUGAGGUCGAGGUCGUAGCUCAGGGUUGUCCCCAAUCACCAGUGGGUUAUAAUUUGGCGCGGGAGCAGCCUGUCUCUCAAUCCUCCACAUUCAAUCAACACGAGCCUGAAAAGGCAGUGGAUGGAAAAUGCGAUGGGAUUUUGGACCACGGCUUCUGCAGCCACACCCAGGGCGAGAGUGAUCCAUGGUGGAACGUGGACUUGGGCAGCCGGUAUUCUGUCUCCACAGUGAUUGUGAAGAACAGGGCAGACUGCUGUGGAGAGAGACUCAAGGGGGCCCAGAUCCACGUGGGAGACUCCAAGGGUGGCCAGGGCAACUGCGGGACCAUCACUGAUACCGCACCAGGAUCCCUCAGCACCAUCUCCUGUGAUGGGAAGAAGGGCCGUUACGUCACUAUCACCAUCCCGAACAGGGUGGAGUAUCUCACCCUGUGUGAGGUUGAGGUCUAUGGCACCCUGCUGUGGGAUGACUGCUACUAA